AUGGAAAUGGAAGAGGUGAUGGAGAAGGUUUCGGCUGAUAAUGGAAGUGUAGAAAAUGCAGUCAUGCAGAAGUGCAUAAGCCGUGCACUCCCUUAUGCAAGUCUUGGCAGGUUUUGGAUUUCCAGAAAGUGUGGUCAUGCGGAACUGCGAUGCCAUGAUGAUGAGAGCUUGGCCUUGCUUCAAUUCAAAAAAAGCUUCAUCAUAUCUAAUACUUGUGAUUAUUCUUUUGGCCCUUCAAAAUUGGAAUCAUGGAAACUCAUCCAUGGAGAAAGAGGUGACUGCUGCUCAUGGGAUGGUGUGGAGUGUGACGACCAAACUAAUCAUGUCAUCAGCCUUGACCUUAGUGGCAGUUGUCUCUCUGGCUCUAUCAACUCCAACAGCACCCUCUUCCGCCUUGUUCACCUUCAAACCCUCAAUCUUGCCUACAACAACUUCAACUACUCUCAGAUACCAUCUCAAGUAGGCCAGCUCUCAAGGUUAACUCAUCUCAGCCUCUCUGAAUCUUAUUUUUCUGGCCAAAUUCCAUCACAAGUCCUCAAUCUAUCUGGGUUGAUUUCUCUUGAUCUUUCUGAUGAUUCCGAACAAGUGAAGCUCUAUAAGCCUAGUCUCAGAGAUCUAGUUCAACAAUUGACCAAGUUGAAGGAAUUGGACCUCUCAGGAGUGGACAUUUCUUCAACGGUACCUGAUAUGUUGGCAAAUUUUUCAUCUUUGGAAUCUCUCCGUCUCAGUAGUUGCGGGUUGCAAGGUGAAUUCCCAAUUGGAAUUUUUCAGCUUCCAAACCUAAAAGAACUUGAUAUAAGCAAAAAUCUUGACCUCAAAAGUUAUUUGCCCGCUUUCCAAUUGGGGAAUCUCCUUGAAUCAUUGAUCCUUUCUGAAACAAAUUUUGUUGGAGAGUUACCUUCCUCUAUUGGAAACCUUGCCUACUUGGAAUAUCUGGACUUUGACUCUUGCAAUUUCAAUGGACAACUCCCUUCUUCCAUAGGUAACCUUACCAAGCUUACCACUCUUUCUCUCUCAAACAACAACUUCCGGGCCCCAACUACUUCCUUGUCUUGGGUCGGUAAACUGUCCGAUCUCAAUUCCCUUUCUCUCUAUUCUGUCGGAUUGAAUGGUGACUUCCCAUUUUCACUCAUGAACUUGACUCAUCUUUCUAGUUUAGAUUUGGGCUAUAAUCAACUUACUGGCCCAAUCCCUUCUUGGCUUGUGAACCUGACCAUGCUUUUUGAGUUAUAUUUAGACCAUAAUCAUUUCAUUGGUCAAAUCCCAUCGUGCCUCAUUUCCGAGGCAAGUAUUGAAUACUUGUAUUUGAACAAUAAUCAAUUAUCAGGUCAAAUCCCAUCUCAAAUUAAUAAUCAUUCUAAACUAAGAAUAUUGGAAAUUCCAUCAAACAAAUUGCAAGGCUCCAUUCCAAGCACUCUCUCUAACCUCAGGAAUCUUAAAAUUCUCAACUUUGAUUCAAACAAUUUAUCUGGUGUUGUGGAUGUGAAUAUCUUCUUUCAGCUCAAAAAGUUGCGGACUUUGUUCUUAUCACACAACAAAUUACGGUUGCUCACAGAAAGUAGCGCACUUGCCACCGUUCCUAAUUUUACUAAAUUAGGAUUGGCUUCUUGCAACCUUAGUGGGUUCCCCAGUUUCUUGCACAAUCAAAAUGAGUUGCGGCUCCUAGACCUUUCCUCAAACAACAUAAAGGGCCUGAUACCUUCAUGGGUGUGGAACAUAAGCAGAAAUUCAUUGACAUAUAUGAACCUUUCUCAUAACUUCUUAACUGGUUUUGAGGAAGGUCCGGUUGUUCUUCAAUGGGCUCAUUUGACCUUUUUAGACAUUCGGUCUAAUAUGCUACAAGGAUCAUUGCUCUCAAUUCCACUUUGGUCCACCAAUCACUUUGAUGGAAGUAUUUCCCCAGCAUGGAGAAAUGGAUGCAAUUUGAUUUUUAUCAAUUUAAGCCAGAAUAAAUUGCAAGGGCAACUACCAAGAUCACUGGCAAAUUGUUCAAUGUUAGAAUUUAUCGACUUCGGUGAAAAUCAAUUACAUGAUUGUUUUCCUUCUUGGUUAGGAAAUCUUCCAAAGUUGAAAGUCCUCAUCUUGAGAUCCAAUGGCUUUUAUGGUGCAUUAAAGGAAGCUCAAAUUGGUAAGUUCCCUAAGCUUCAAAUCAUUGACCUAUCUCAAAAUACAUUCACUGGGGAUUUGCCAACUGCAUACUUUGAGAUAUGGGAUGCCAUGGAAAUUAUAGACAGAAGUCAAAUGACAUAUAUGGGUGAAAAUAAAUCGGAAUAUUUUCCAUUUAUUUCAUAUGACAGUUAUGAUUACUCAUUAAUCAUGACUAACAAAGGCUUCGAAUUAGAAUAUUUGAAAAUUCCAAGCACUUUGGCGGCCAUUGAUUUCUCAUGUAAUAAAUUUGAAGGGGUGAUUCCAAAUGUCAUUGGAAAUCUUACAGCGCUUCAUUUGCUUAACCUUUCCAACAACAUGCUCACUGGUCAUAUACCAUCAUCUUUGGCAAACAUGAGAGAAUUGGAAUGCUUGGAUCUUUCUAGCAAUCAGCUCUCAGGACAUGUACCUUCGCAAUUAUCUCAACUCACUUUCCUCUCGUAUUUCAACGUGUCUUGGAACCAUCUUUCAGGUCCUGUACCUCAAGGAAAACAAUUUGACACAUUUGAUGGCAACUCAUAUAAAGGGAACUCAGGACUGUGCGGAGCUCUUUUGGAAAAGAAAUGUGGAAGUUUUGAAACUAUUCCAUCGACUCCCCCGACAAUCACAGAAGAAGACUCGGGAUCUUUCUUUAAAAUUAAUUGGAUGAUAAUACUGAUAGGUUAUGCAGGUGGCUUGAUAGUUGGAGUGGUUGCUGGGAAUGAGGUCACCAGAAGAAAACAUGAUUGCAUUGAAGGAAGGGACCAAGGUAGUUUUGAGACCUGUGAGGUUGCUGACAAUUGCUUUUUGCUGGAAGAGGGUGAUUUGGUUUGUGUGGAGGCUGAGGUUUUGGGGUUUUUGGGUGGAGGUUCUGACAUUGGGGUGGUGGGUGGUUCUUUACGCUUUGAGAGAGGAGGUGCAGAAGUAAUGGGUCGCGUGGAGGAGGAGUUUCUUGUGGAGGGGAGUCGGGGUUGGGAGGCCGCAUUGAUAAUGGCGAAACCUGGAGAGGGGAAGUUUGAGGAGAAUGAGGAGGCGACUCCAUGGUUCCCGAUGGUGAAGAUGGAGGAGGUGAGGGAUUGGAUGAAAGGUGUAGAUGGUAGCUAA